UCUAGUCUCUUCAUGAUCUGUGACAGACACAAAUGCGAUUCUUUAAUAGAGAAUCUUUAUAUUUCUUUGUGCAUAACAAUUUUGAGAAACGUGUUUUGCACACUAAGUUAAUUUUCUUUAUAUUUAUCAUUUAGUUAUGUCUAAAGGCUCAGAAGUUUUUAGAUCUUAAUACUGCCCACUUUCUUGUAAGAUUUAUAUUAAUAUCAACGUCAAGUUGUUAGCAAAAAAAACGUUUAAAAAUGGUUGUAGCAUCGACAAAUUUUUCUGCGCCGGUUGAAGGUGUGCUUUUACAAAAUCCCUCUACGAAGCUGCUGGUAAAUAAUCUGGAAAUUGGCACAGCAACUUUAUAUAUUACUGAAAACAAUGUUGUAUGGGGUGGGGGCGCGGCAGCUUCAGGUGGACCAUCACCACCUGUGUCUCUUCUUUAUCCAAAUAUUUCUCUUCAUGCAGUACAACGGGAACCAAGCCCAGCUCUAUAUCUUGUCCUUAACUAUGAAUUGAGAUUACCCAAUGUACCCACCGGAGCAGGUGAUAGCAAUGAGGCUCAAAAUGAAAAUGAGGAUGAAGAAUUUGAUGCUGAUGAUCAACCCAUCACACAGAUAAGGUUUAUACCAGAAAACGAAAAUGACCUGCAACUUAUGUUUUCGGCUAUGUGUCAGGGUCAAGCUUUACACCCUGAUCCCCAGGAUGAAUCAGAAGAUGACCCUUAUAUGAAUUUGGACGAUGAUGAUGAAGAGUUUGAAGAUGCACAGGAAAAUGACUCUUCAGAUGAGGCGGCUGGGAGAAUGCAGCAACUUAGAAUUGAAAAUUUAAAUGGGAGCACACAUUAUGAAGAUUGCGAAGAUGUUGAUAAUGAAUAAUUUAACUUUAUUUUGUAUGGUGCACACACAAUUGACUGAAAAAAUAUUUGUGUAGUUCAGGAAGAUAAGUUUUUUAUAAAUAUUUAUACCAUACAAGUAGCAAUAUUCUCCAUGUGUUUGGAUAUAUCUGCUAAUAUCAAGGUUUUUAUUGCUCAAUAUUCAAUGAAUUAUUAAAUCUUUAUUUUUAUUUUGAGCAAUGCUUCAAAAUGCAGUUUCCUCUGAAAAGCAGAUGAUUUUUAACAAAUGUAGUCUUGUAAUGAUUUCAUAUGGAUGUAAUAGAAAUUUACUAUGCAUAUAUUAUUCUAAAAUAUUUGUCUUUAAUACCUGUAGAUUUGCUAAAUAGUUACUUAAUAAGAAAUUAUUUAAAGCGAAAUAAUAUCGUAAAAUUCGAAUAUAAAUAAUCUCUUCCUUUGGCAAUACUUUCUAAUAAGUUUGGUUAUAUACCACAGUUAAGUUUAAGACUUGGAUACAAGGAAAACUGGUAUGCAUGUGAGCUUGUUCGAAUGCUAAGCUGAUCCACCAAUUGGUACUUUCUAAAUCUCACGAGUAUACCAUGGUGAGGUAUUUUUUUUGUUUUUUCUAUGUUAUGAAGCAAUACUUUUAUUUCACUAGUGAUUAACAACCACACUCUAAUGUAGUAUUUGUAUUCCAAAAGCUAGAUGUAAUGUUUUGUAAUAAAUUGUAUUAUUAA